AUGCUUGGUGAUCUUGCAAACAAACUAUUCAAUAUUCCACCUAAGUAUGUUGAUGACAAGGAGUACUGUCCUCCCAAGUAUGAAGUGCCAGUGGAUAAUGAAGGUUAUCUGGCAUCAUUCUCAAUAGAUCAGAUACAUGAGUAUCGACAGUUCUUCAAUGAUUAUGGAUUCGUUAUAAUCAGAGAUGUAUUGGAUUUGGAAUCAUGCCAGUCUACUAUUGAUGAUAUUUGGAGGUAUAUUGAGAAUGAUGAAUGGUUAUAUUAUCCUCCAAUGUCAAAGGAUUUGUGUAAUAGGACAAAGAGGAAUGAUCCCAGCACAUGGAAACACUGGCCAUCAAUGGCCUACGCUGGUAUAGUUGGAGGUCCAAGUGUAUUCACAAAGCAAUCAGUGGAUAAUCGUGCCAACAACAAUAUAUAUCAAGUAUAUAGUCAACUACUUGAUAGGAAGGAUCUAUUCAUCAAUCAUGAUCGUUAUGGAUUCUUCCGUCCUACCAUCAACAUCCUGGAAUCAUUCCCAAGGAUGUCUCCCCAGCACACCGAGAUCAACUUUGCCCUGAACGAUAACCAACCAACAAUACCCGAUAUGAGGGUGUGGAAGACUGAGCUCAAUUUGCACUUGGAUAUGAAUCCAUUCGCAUAUAUUGAGGAGACAAAUGAUGCCACGAGACAGAGGGUGAUCGAUCAGUUGGAGUAUGAUAAUACAAAGUCAGCUGACUUUAUUAUUGAGAAUAAUGAGGUUGGUAUCAAAUCAUUGAAUGAGUUACACAUUCAAGGUUUGAUCAACUUGGCCGACAACAAAGAUGAAGAUGGUGGAUUCAUUGUUGUACCAGGCUUUCCACGUCAUCUUGAGGAGUGGACAUUAAAGAACAAGACAUUGAGGACCAACAUUGGUACAAAGGAGAGGUUCGUACUUAUCCCUGUUUCCAACUCAUUAUAUAAUAAUGCUGUUAGGGUAACAGCUAGAGCUGGUAGUUUGGUAUUAUGGAACCAAAAGAUGGCUCAUGGAAGUGUUGCAAACAAUAGUCCAAGACCAAGACUGGCACAGUUCAUCAAGAUGACUCCAUGUUCAUAUCUUACACGUGACAAGAUGGAAUUGAGAACCAACAGAAUCAACCAAUGUCUAGAUAGUAUCACUGGACUUGACAAGCAAUCAUACAACUUGUAUACAUUGUUGAACAAUGGACUUAACAACAACAAUGUUGAUGAUGGAAUCAAACCUACAUUCUUGUUGGUCGGUUGUACAGUUGAUAACAACAACACAACAUUAGUGAUCACUGCACUAAAGACAGACAAUGACAACAGCAACAACAACAGACAUUUGAUCUCCUCGACACUACCCGCUGGUGAUGUUGGUGUAAUUGGUGCAGUGCGUCUUGUUGACUCACUUGAUGAUGCGUCAACUAUCACUGCCGCUACACUCAAUGAGAUGGUGGCUGUUGCCAAACUAUUCCAACCAACAAAGAUAUCAGUUGUGGCAUUGGCUUCAUUGGAUACAGAGAAACAACAAUUGAAUAUACGAUUCUAUAAUGCAUCGUCACGACAAGCACUUGACUCAUCGACAGUUCAAGAGAUUGGUACACAAUCAAUGAUCAACAAACUCAAGCAAUCAUUCACAAUGGUCCGUGUCGUUGCGCCACGCAUCGACAACACAUCAGCACAGCUACUCAAGACAGACAACCAACAUCGAGCAGACUCUGUAUACCUUCAUCACAAGCAGGACAAUGUGGUGUUCACUUCUUCGACCUCGGGUGAUCAAGCCAGCGAGUCAUCAUGGAGAAAGCUGCAAGAGUCCACAACAACAGCAACAAAGAAGACAACGCCUCUGCUUGAUAACAUAAUACAACUACAUCUAAUGUUCAAGAUUAGCAACAAUGUGGCAGACAUCACUAAGCUGAUGGCACCAUGCCUCACUAUCUCAUCGUCGGCGACAUCCCAGCAACAAGAAGUCUACGAGGUCAGCGCACUGGCACUAAUCAGGAGCGACGCAACGCUUACCCAAUCGCUAAAGACAAUGAUUCAAGCGGUUGUCAGCCAGCUUGAUGCGCCGAACCAGCGCCCCCUGCACUACCAGCUGCCCAUCAUACCUCUUCCAAUCACCUGUCUUUUUGGCCUCGACAAGCAGGGCGCUGUCAACGAUGACCUGUCCAAAAAGACACGUGAAUCUUAUCAUCAUCUUUUGUUCCUGCCUAUGAACCGGCCACUGCUGCGAUCAUUCGCCGCCAAGACCUUUGAUGGAUCAAAACAGUCCGCGUCCACUGGUACAUGGACACCUCACAUCAAGGACAUCCACAAGCAGCUAUCCCUCGACUCAACCAUCGGUGGCACUGUCUCACUAGUCAAAGGCUCCUACGACUACUACCAUUACAAGCAGGAUCAUACCAAUGAUGAUGGAUGGGGAUGUGCAUACAGAUCAAUGCAAACGAUAUGCUCUUGGCUCAAGUAUCAAGACGUGACACAGAAGGGAGUACCAACUCAUCAUGAGAUCCAAAAGAUAUUAGUUGACAUGAAGGAUAAGAAGGCAUCAUUCUACAAGUCUGCUCAAUGGAUUGGCGCAUUCGAGAUCACUCUUUGUCUCCAACAACUCUAUAAUAUUGAUUGUAAGAUCAUCAAUGUAACAUCUGGAGCCGAGGUUAUAUUCAAGACUAGAGAGUUGGCACGCCACUUUGAUAGGGAUGGCAGUCCAGUGAUGAUUGGUGGAGGCGUGUUGGCUUAUACUUUGUUGGGAGUCGACUUUAAUCCAGAGACUGGAGACUCUCGCUACCUUAUACUCGAUCCACAUUACACUGGUGAUGCCACCGAUGUCAAGACCAUCAAGGAGAAGGGAUGGUGUGGAUGGAAGUCGGCCGAUCUAUUCAGGAAGGAUGCAUUCUACAACUUCUGUCUUCCACAAGUGCCCGACGAAAUUUGA